CACAUUAAAGGCCGAGGCUGUUACUGCUGUCAGUGCCUGUCCUGUGUCUGAGAGCAGCAGUGGUGUGUCAGAGGCAGGGAGCCAGCAGCAGCCAUGGAUGACGUAUAUAAAGCAGCGGUGAGUACACAUAAGGACAAGUAUGAUGGUCUGUUUAAAUGCAUGAAAUCUACACCAGGACAAGCUCUGUGUUGUGCAUCAAUUUAAGGAAAAAUCACACAAUUUGUUGCAGGAGGAGAGCACACGAGGUCAGGUGGAACACGUUGAGUAUCUGACAGUAACAGGUGUGACUGUGAUUCCAACAAGCCUGGAUCAAAAACAGUCACACUGCUUUAAUGUCUAUUCGGGAAAGUUUCCAAACUUCCUGUUAUAGCUGGUUUUAAGAGCAUGUUUUUUUUUUUUUCUUCUAUUUUUCAAGUUAUUCUGCUCACCUGGACAACAACAAACUCUUAUGUUUUAACAAGAAGCAUUAAAAACGUCCCAAAGUAGAGUUCACGAUACACAAGUCUGCCAAAAAGGCUCAAGAGUUUGAAAAUAAGACAUGUUUUUAGAAGAGCUUUAUUUAUCCCCAAAGGGAAAUUCAAUAUUACUGUAUUCAAUUUACUGUGUUACCCUGUUUAUUUUACAAACAACAAAUGUAGAGUUCAAGGUUAAGUGUUAGAAAACAGUUAAGAGUAUUUUGGGAUGUAAAUUGAUGAUUUCUGUUUACAGAAUUACUAUAAGUUUUUAAGUCUGAUCAGGGCCGUUGCUUCUGCCGAGGACGCUGAGGUCAUGACCUUGGUAUUAUUUGGGGAGUGAGUAUCACCUGUCAACAAAAAGGGCAACUUUUGUUCAAAAGACAGUGAGAUUUUAAAAAUAUUGCUUUUUUUUUUUUUUCGAUAACUCAGUUUUAAUCCAUUAGUCAGGUUGUUUUUGUGGUUGUUAUUGGGAGUUGUACAACUGAUACUAUAGUUGAGAUAAUCUUAGACUGACAGGCUGCGGCAGUUAGUUCAUAUCUGUGCCUGACAAUGGAAUAAAGACCAGCAGGACAGUUCAUGGAGGAAGAAGAGACGUGACAGCUGAUGGCUUUUAAACAGCUCCAGAACCCCCCCCACUCCUCCUCCCCCCAUUGCCCCCCCAUUGUGCUCUGUCAAACAACAAGAAUAGUAAGUGAAGAGAGCAGAGUGACAUCGCAGACAUGUUGCACUGAGGGCGGCACAGACCGUAGAUUAUCAGUGUAGUCAUCGAGCUGGAGGUCUACCAUGUGUCUACGGAGGUAUUCAUAGACAGUGACUAAUCCGAUUGUACCUAAACUGGUUAACAGAAAAAAAGAAAGGCUUUUAUUUUGGAGGUCUGGACUCUUUUUCUUAAAGCCUUGACAUUUAACUAUCCUGAAAAGUAGAAUAUCACAAAAACAAUAACAAUAUCAUCUCCAUAUUUAAUAAAGUUUUGAAUACAAAAAACACACAUUUUUCAAACUGAGGAAAGGAAACACAUUUCUCAACACUGACCUUGAAUAUUACAAAGUGUCCAUGCUGUCUCAGUGAUGUCACUUAUUUGGCUCUGAAGUGGUGUUUUAGGGUCUAUCAGUAAAGGUAUAUUGGGCCAUAUUGGAAAGCUCCGGGAAUAUCUUAAAUAGGGGAUUACCGACAAAAGAAAGUUUGAUAAGCUACCAUGAUGUGCCCCAAGGCUUUUUUUUUUUUUUUUUUUUGGAGAGCUUUCAACUGGCAUUUUAUGUUGCUAGGUUACAAAAGUUGCCUUGUGGUACCUGUGCAUCCUUCAUAAUUAUUGUUAUAUUUGUUUUAAAAUACUCUGAAGCGUCUCAUCUGUUUUCACUCAAUAAUGGUAAAGAAAACCUUAAAACAACAGACUGAAGGCUGACUUUACCAAAUGUUUCUGUUGACCUAUUCUGAAAGGCAAAGAGACAAAGUUAAGAUGGGAAUUAAACCUCCUUGCUGACAGCUACAGUGUGCCUACCUGUCGGUCGAGUCAACCUGUAAUUCACCAAACUUGUAACGUUGAUAUCUUUCAUACGAGCGCAUUUUAUAGAUAUUAAAUUCUUGUACAGUGUGUGUAGAGAGAUAAAUGAGCUAUUAAGACUCAUUUCUUUCCUGUUUUCUUCAAUUUGGUUGAUGUCUCUUCCUCACUGUAUUUCAACAUCCCUAACUCCUUUUCUCCUUGUCUUCUCUGCUGUUGAUCAAAUAUGUGAUGUUUAGAAAUUUCAAAAAAGAUUUGGAGAAGUAUUAAAAAUUUCCGCCAUGUGGUUUGACAAUGUAAUCUGAAAAUAGCGAUUCUGUCAUAUUGUAAACAGGAAGAGGCAUUGUUGGAAAAGGUUGUCUCUAUGUCAUUCGCUAUUUAGUAUAAACGUUUUAACUUAUCACAAUCAAGUAUCUGAACACAUGGAUUAUCAAAGAGAAAGCAGCAUUAUAACUGUGUUUCUGAAAGACUUUAGAAAUGGCCAAAGUUUUACAGAAACAUGUUUACAACUGAAAUAAUAAUCCAGAUUUUCUUUUAACCCUCAAGGUUGAGAACUUGACAGAGGAGCAGAAAAAUGGUGAGAAACCCCUUUACUGUUUUCUGAAAUCUUCUCAUGAACUCUCUCUUCUAGUUAUACUGAUGUAUCAGUAUUUAUAUAAAUUCAAUGUGAAGGAUUUCUUUUCACUUACCUUUAAUAACUUAAAACAAUAGAUUCAAAAGUAAAAUAAAGUAUGCAGUAUGUAUAAACCCCCUUUGUGUGAGCCUCCAUUUAAAGCCUGAGAUCACUGAUAAAAAUGUAUCACCAGCAGCUGAACAUACAUAAAUCUCUGACCCUCCCAUCGGAGGAACUUUACUCUGUACAAAGGGUUUAUCUUAUAUCCCGGCUGUAGCACAGUUGAAACUGCUCCAAGAACCAUUUUAACUGAAGGUACCAGGACUAAAUUUAGGUCCUGGUCUAUGAAUGGUCGCUGGGUCUGGAUCAUUGCAACUGAUAUUGUGCCCCCCAAAAACUUGGCCCUGCUUACAAAUAUGAGGUCCAGUUUCAGCAGGUGUUAUACUGUCAAUAUCUGUUUCUCUCUUUGCUGCUGCUCUAGCACCUGUCUGGUUGUCAGAUGAUAAUUAUUGUUACGUCCUCUUUUAGAGUUCAAGGCUGCAUUUGACAUCUUCAUCCAGGAUGCAGAGGACGGCUGCAUCAGCACCAAGGAGUUGGGGAAGGUGAUGAGGAUGCUGGGACAGAAUCCAACCCCUGAAGAGUUACAGGAGAUGAUCGAUGAGGUGGAUGAAGACGGUACGUUGGCAUCAUUAAGAUAGGAGUAGAAUGUUUUAAAGCAAUGUAUCUGUAUUUUACAGAAGGUUUGGAGAUGUUCCUUCUCUGCAAACAUGAUACAGAAGCAUUUGAUGUGUUAAACAUCAUGUUGUUAUCAACAGGCAGCGGCACAGUAGACUUUGAUGAGUUCUUGGUCAUGAUGGUCCGCUGCAUGAAGGAGGAGAGCAAAGGAAAAUCAGAGGAAGAGUUGGCCGAACUGUUCCGGAUGUUUGACAAGUAGGAUGACUCUUUAGAUUCAUGUUAAACUUAUUUUAAAACAAACCAGAGUAGAUCUAUGCUACCAGGUGACUUAUAAUGUUUGAAAUAUCAGGAACGGAGACGGCUACAUCGACUUAGAAGAGCUGAAGGGCAUGCUGGAGUCGACCGGAGAGGCCAUCACAGAAGAUGACAUCGAGGAGCUGAUGAAGGACGGAGACAAAAACAAUGACGGGAAAAUUGAUUAUGACGGUACUUCAGAUAAAAGAAAACACAUUAAAAAAACAUCACAGCUUCAUACCAACACAGACUAGCGCUUUAGUACCUCAGCAGGCCUUUGUAGACACGCCCAAGUGGACAUUUGAGGAACUGCAGUUUGUUUGUUUUUUUGUUUUUUAUAUAUACUUCUGCUCUGGCUUCAUUAUUUAUGGGCAGAUGUUACAGCUUGGGUUUGGCAUUAAAAUAAAGUGGUCAGGAGGUUGGGAGAAGUAAUAAGAUGGUUAAAGGUGAUUGUAAGAUGUUAAAGGGGGGAAACAAGCAAUAAGAUUUCUAAGGAGAAAUCAAACUUUAUUUUCUUGUAUUUAUUGGCUCAGAUUUCAAACCAUUGGGACUGUAUUAUUCCUAACAUUACAUAUGAUCUAACCACAGCCUUUUCUAUCUUCAAUACUCUGUUUGGCCACUAGAGGUCACCCAUCCUAUGACUUUCUAAUAUUUAUCUGACCUAAGUUUUUAAAUAUUUUGGUUUUCCCCCUUCUGUCAAGUUUGAGUCCUCACUUAGAUGCGGGUAUUGUAACAAAAUAGAUCUUUGUAAAGCUCCUGUUGUGAUUUUUAGCUGUAAGACAGCCUAACUUUGGAAUCCUUGACAGUCAUUGGCGAGCUGGAAAUGAGGGGACAAGAUAUUUUAUUUUGAAAAUACUGCAUCAACAUGUUCAAGACACCAUUUUAUCUUCAGGAUUCAACCUGAUCAAAUCUGACAUUACCUCUUAGUGGCCCGUCACUGAUGUUGUGUUUCUGUGUGUUUUCUCCUGCAGAGUUCCUGGAGUUCAUGAAAGGUGUUGAAUAAAGGAUUGACCUGGAGGCCGUUGACUUCUUCAUGAUCAUCAUUUGAGGACUUUUGCAUAAAAACAGACAGAAGUUUAAUUCUCAGCAGACCUCUGUCCUGUUAGCUAAUCUCUAACUACCCCACAGAUGCACUGAGAGGUUUGCUGAGAUCUCAUUGACUGCUAAUAUCUUUGUUUCUGAUAGUGCUGGUAAACCAAAGUGUAAAAUGCAAAG